AUGACCAUCAAAGUCAAAGUAGAGUUCCUCGGAGGUCUCGAUGUCAUCUCGUCAUCAGUAAGAGAACAUAAAGCAGUGCUCCCGCUUGAAGAAGGUGAAGCCACGAUGAAAGAUGCAAUCAAAUAUAUAUGCGAUAACAUAAUCACAGAUCCCAAGGAUAUACCUGUUUUUAUUGAAGAUGACACUGUGCGACCGGGGAUCUUGGUGCUUAUAAACGACACAGACUGGGAGUUAGAGGGCAUGGAAGAAUAUGUUGUUGAAAGUGGAGACGUCUUGACUUUCACAAGUACUUUACACGGGGGCUGA